AUGGCGCGUAUGGUUCGAAGCGAGGUGAAGUCAGCGCAAUCGGUGAAUGUGGCCCUCGCGGUGUUACGUAUUGAGGCGCCGCACACCUGGAUGGAGAUGCAGGUGACCGACGACAAGCUUUUGCAGGACCUGCUUUUAGUUGGUCAGAGCCCCGAGGCCGUGAAGUUAAUCCCGCCUUUUGGACCCAUGACGUCCGUCGCGUUUCUGGAUCUCGGUCGUCUAGCGGAGUCCCCCGUAAUACAGCAAGUUGCUACCAAAAUGAGCGAAGAGCAAAGAAUUGAUGUUGCGGAGUGGGUGUACCAACUCAACUGUAGCGGACGUGUUCAAUUACCCAAUAACGGGAUAACUAACGGUGACGGCAAGAAGCUACGUUUCAUUACAGCUGAAUACAACUCGGUUGACCAGCAAUGCUGCUCGGUGCAAUUUCACUUUGAUCCUAAUUAA